UACCGUGACCCAAAUUCGGCGUUCUCCUAAAUUCGGCGAUGUUUUGUUUUUCGUCAUUCACGCGAGAUUUCAGAGGUGAAGGUCAAUCAUGUUUAUUUCCCACGGUCAAUUUUUACAACUCGAGUGAUUUUUCUGCGCUAAAGAUGGAGAUACGGCAGAAACAUGAUUCAAAAAGAGGUCCAUAUCGAACGGGCUAUGACCAGACAUCCAUUGAGAAUGCUUUUAUUGAAGUAAAAUUAAACAAAGUAUCUAUUCAAAGAGCAGCCAAGUCUUAUGGUAUCCCUGUAUCAACUUUGAAGGACAGAGUAUAUGGUAAUGUUCCUGUCCAUAAUGCAAAGUCUGGUCGAACCCAGCUGUUUUCAAAAGAGCAAGAAUCUUUACUUGCUAAUCAUCUUAAUACAAUGGCUGAGAUUGGGUAUGGAUAUUCCCGAACAGAGACUAUAAAUCUGGCAUCUGAUUAUGCUGUCCAUUUGGGACUCAGAGACAGAGAACACCCACUAAGUUUGCGUUGGCUUUACAAAUUUUUGAAUAGAUUUCCUGAACUGUCUGUCAAAAAGCCAAGAAGUCUUGAAGCAGCUAGAGCUAGAAGUGCUACAAGACAAGCUAUCACAAAUUACUUCAAAGAGCUGAAUAAAAUCAUAGUUGAUAAUAAUCUUCUUAAAAGACCUGAGGCCAUAUAUAAUGUGGAUGAAAAGGGACUAUCAACUAACCACAAACCCCCUAAAAUUGUAACUGGUGCAGUAUAUAAAGCUCAAGCUGUAACUUCUGGUAAAUCACAAACUGUAACUGUUAUAGGCGGGGUAAAUGCUAUGGGGAAUCAAGUGCCACCAUUUUUCAUAUUUCCAGGCAAGAGAAUGCUACCUGAAUUACUGGAAGGGGCUUCUGCAGGGGCAACUGGAGUUGUUUCAGAAUCAGGAUGGUCCAACACUGAUAUAUUCACCCAGUACAUGAAAGAACAUCUUGUAAAAUACUUACCAGAACACAGUGCAACAGACCCAGUUCUUGUUCUAUAUGAUGGACAUAAGAGUCAUAUCUCAUUAACACUUAUUGAUUGGGCAAAAGAAAAUCAUAUAAUCCUAUUUGUUUUACCACCACACUGUAGUCAUUUGCUACAGCCUUUAGAUAUCAGUUGCUUCGGACCCUUUGAAGUUUCGUGGAACUCAACAUGCCACAACUACAUGAGGGAAUCUGGUGGAAGAGUAAUAAGUAGGUAUGAUGUUUGUAAACUUGCAUGCAAGGUAUACUCAAGCACACUGACACCAGCAAAUAUCCAGGCAGCUUUCAAGAAGAGUGGUAUAUACCCUUUUAAUCAAGAUGUAGUGAAUGAUUCUGAUAUUGCACCAUCUUUGAGUUUCCCUGCCAGAACAGUUGAAAAGCAAUGCAUGUCUUCUCCACCAGAAAAAGCCUCUAGUAAAGAGAAUUCUGGUUCUUCUGUAAAAUUCCUUGAAUGCAGAGGUGGUGAAGUUUUGAAAAAUGUUCAAACAGCUAAAAUUAGAAACACAUUAAGCAAAGUUGUUGGUGGCAAAGCUAUAACAAAUGAAGAUGUUAGUGAAAAAAUAAAAGAUCACAUUGAAAAGCAGACAAGCUCCAAAAAACGAAAAUUCAUCCCACCUCUAAAAGUAAAGGUACCUGAAACACAAAACAUACCUGAAAAACAAAACAAAGGACAGUCAAAAUUAAACAGUUCAAAAUGCAAACAACCAAAAGUUAAAUCAAAGCAACCUAGACUUGAACUUUCUGAAGAUGUCUCUGAUGAAGAUUCUGAAACAGAAGAAGAAAAAUGCAGUGUUUGUGGAAAAUUUUUCCCAGACAAACAGAUUUGUGAUGAAAUUAGAAUUGUUCAGUGGGGUCAAUGUGACAAAUGUGACCUAUGGGUUCACCUCAAAUUCUGCUCCCCAGUGAAAGUGUUGCGCAGAGGUGACAGUUUUCUCUGUCCAACCUGUAGCCAGUCAUAAAUUAAAACAAACAAAAAACAAUUUGUAAAUAUGUUAUCAGUUUAAACAGUUUAAAAUGUUCCAGUUAAAUACUUUCUUGUCAGUUUGGAAUUCAAGUAACAUUUACAUUAUUAUGACACUUUUAAGACACCAUACUUAAUGAUAUUUGUGAUGAUUUACUGCAACCAAUCAAAUCGCCGAAUUUAGGUGACGUGUUCAGAUCGAGGUAAGAUUUUACAUCCGCCAUAUUUGUUUAUGUUUGGCAACUCUGAACGAUAACAUUGUUUGAAAUUAACUUAAAGUAACUUUUAAAUAGUUGUAGUAAAAUUAUAUCAAGUAUAAUUAUAGAUUACUGUAGUUUAUUGAAAAUGCCAUUGACAUUUGUUCUUAUAUCGCCGAAUUUGGGUUACACCG